AUGAAGUUGUUAGAAAGUACGCGUUUUGAAGCUCUCAACAGCGCGUUAUGCAUUAAAACGGGUGAUUGCAAAAUAAUUGGUAGAAUAGAAAGUUACUCUUGUAAAAUGGCGGGCAAUGACAAACAACUGUAUAAGAAAUUUAAAGCCGAACAAGGUGGGAAUCCUAAUGAUCUUCAGGCUCUUUCGCCACCACAAACAGUUAUGGGAGUUUCUCCUGGAUGCAGUAAAAGUAUGUCUGGAGAAGAUGAAAGUCCUUUAUGUGAUACCAUAAACCAGAAAACUUUGUUUUACUUAAUAGCAACUUUAAAUGCAACUUUUUAUCCAGACUACGAUUUCAUUAAUGCCAAAAGUCAUGAAUUUAGCAAAGAACCCAGCUUACAGUGGGUCAUUAAUGCAGUCGACAGUAAUUUAAAUGCGACUGCCGGCGAGCAAUACAGAGUACUAAAGAUACCUAUUUGGACAGCUAUCGAUGAUGAAAUUCAAAUGUCUCAGUGUGAUAUAUACAGUUAUAACCCGGACUUAUCAUCUGAUCCAUUCGGAGAAGAUGGAUGUUUGUGGUCGUUUAAUUAUUUUUUUUAUAAUAAAAAACUUAAAAGGAUUGUUUUGCUGACAUGCAGAGCUAUCAGUCCUAAUUACAGUAUUGAUUCUGGAAUCAGUAGCAGUUUUGCUAUGGAUGAAGAUUAUGAAAAUUAUUAA